AGCAUCACCUCUGGAGGUUGCUAGUCAUCGUGAUCUUGGUUAUUCUGAUUCGGAUUAGUUACAAAAUUAUUGAAAUUAUUUCCCUGUACGUGUAAAUAAACUGUCUAGGAUUCGCGAUGUUUCUCUGGGAUUGGUUCACUGGUGUUCUGGGAUAUUUAGGAUUAUGGAAAAAGUCUGGCAAGCUGCUCUUCUUAGGAUUGGACAAUGCUGGUAAAACCACUCUUCUUCACAUGCUGAAGGAUGAUCGUUUAGCUCAGCAUGUUCCCACAUUGCAUCCAACUUCAGAAGAACUUUCCAUAGGUAAUAUGAGAUUUACAACAUUUGAUCUUGGUGGACAUCAUCAAGCAAGAAGAGUUUGGAAAGAUUAUUUCCCUGCUGUAGAUGCUAUUGUUUUUCUCAUUGAUGCCUGUGACCGAGAUCGGUUCAAUGAAAGUAAAAGAGAACUAGAUUCACUACUGACUGAUGAGCAGUUAAGCAACUGCCCAGUUCUUAUUUUAGGGAAUAAAAUUGACCGACCUGGUGCUGCUUCGGAAGAUGAGUUAAGAAACGUGUUUGCUCUUUAUGGACAGACGACAGGAAAGGCUAAGAUUCCCAGAUCAGAACUUCCUGGGCGCCCUUUGGAGCUUUUCAUGUGCUCUGUAUUGAAAAGACAAGGCUAUGGAGAAGGCUUUAGAUGGCUAGCUCAGUACAUUGACUGAAAAAUCAGCAGUUGCAGAUAAGGAAUGUUCAUGCAAAUUUUGUGAUGGGGAAGUAUAGUGAUUUCAUUUCUAAGAUGAAACCGUGUGAAAUUUUGUAAUAUAUCAGUUGCAUUAAAGUGGACAGUCGCUUCAUUAAGGAAUCUGCUGCUCAAAAAAAAAAAUCCAUCUCAGUUAUCAUUUCUAAGCUGAUGCUGAUGUUUAUUUGUUGUGAAAUUGUUGAUCCAAACCAAUUUGUGUGAUAGGAUGGUAACUAUUUGAGGUUACUUUGCAUUAACUUGUAAAGGAAAAAGGGUGCGGGUGCACGUGUGUGUGUGUGUGUGUGUGUGUGUGUGUGUGUGUGUUGUAACUAUUUAUGUGUAAAACUAAUCAGUGUAGAGAAUAUGUGAUGACUGAUAUACCAAUUUUCUAUUAACAGUUUUUAUCAUUUGCUGUAACUGGUAAAUGUACUGUCAAUGUGAUUUUCAUAGGAUUGUUAAUGACAAACUUAAAUAAAAACCAGUCAGCUUGAAAACAUUUAGUUGCACUAACUGUUUGACGUUUACUGACAUUAGUAUAGUAUUAAAGUUUUUCAGACAUGUUUUUGGGAAAAAAAUGUAUAGUAUUUUACAGUGCAGAUCAGCUGUCAAGUGUACUGCGUCACAGUGCAAGUUAAAUUUUUAGUUAGUUUAUAUAGUUCUCUUUUGUACCCAAGCAAACCUGUGUAUUGUGGAGUGUUCUUUGAGCUUUCGUACUAAAACAUUCAUGUGUAGUUCAUACUUUGACACAUACUUUUGCAUUAAACAAGAACAAAUGAGUUAUCACUUUUUAUACAGAAGUAACAAUUGUGUAAAAUGCCAUAGUGUAUAGUUGGCCAAAUCUCCAUGUAGAACAGCUUUAUCAGUGAUAAAGUUCAAAUUUUGUUGCAGUA